UUCUCAAUAUGUUAAAUGAAUAAAGUCUCUCAUACAACUUCUCUAUAUACUAACAACCAAAAUAUUGAAGAAUGAAGUCCUUCGUGCUUGCUACAUGUCUGCUAGGGAUGAUCCGGUAGCUAGAGUCGAUGUAUAGCAUUGUGCUAUGGCCAAGCGUGGCGUAUAUGACAACCCAGCUCCAGCUGUUAUAAAAGAAAGAAGUGUGAAAAUAUGCUCCAAGAUUAUCACUGAUCCCGCUAAUGUGGAAAAUUGCAAGGAAGUUGUUUCUAGAUGUAUAGAUAAAGAGACUCAACGCCCAAGAUCCAACACACAGAAGGCAAUAAAUAUAACAGGAUGUAUUUUAAGAGCUGGUGUGGUGGAGACUACAGUGCUAGCCCGUGAAAAAUGAGACACAUAAAGUUUUAUUGGAAGUAUUUUUCUUGUAAUCCUCUUGUUCUUGUAAUUAUUAACGUUGUGUUGGGUUAAUAACAAUGUGUUGGGUUAACAAUAAAAUAUUGUGCAUAUGGUAAUCA